AUGGUCUACAACAUAAAAUGCAAAAAUAGCGACGCAAGGUAUGUUGGUGAAACGGGCAAACGCCUGGGCACAAGAUUGCACGAACAUCAACUUACAAGCAACCACAAAGACAAGCUGCCUUUGGUCUAUGGUCACGUGCGACAGCUGAACCACAACUUCGCCUUUGAGAAAGCGAGGGUGAUCGGCAUGGCUGGUGAGCAAAUGGCCAGACUAGUGCUGGAAAGUUGGUCCUCGACAGACACGUUAGAGCGAGCAAUCGAUGUAAAUCCCGUCCACCAAGAUUUCCGUACUAGGCUCCCAUCCGCUCAGAAGGGGACGAAAGAAGCUACGCAGGGCUGA